UCCACGUGCAGCCCCUCCCCCUUUCUCAGGUGCCGGAGCUGCCGGCGGCAGCCGCUUCCUCUGCUGCCAUGGAGCCCGAGGAGCUGGAGCAGAUCCUCCAGGAAUUGUUGCUGCCGGACACGGAGCGAAUCCGCCGGGCCACGGAAGAGCUCCAAAUCGCUCUCCGACACCCCGGCGCUCUCCCCGCUUUAUGCGAGCUGCUGGCCCAGGCGCCCGACCCGCAGAUCAGGCAGUUUUCAGCACUGCUGAUCAGAAGACGGGUUAGCACACGAUGGAGGCGCCUGGCAGUGUCAAAUCGGCAGAGUCUGAAAUCCCUGGUGCUGAAAGCCCUGGAGGAUGAGGCAGAUCAUAGUGUGACCCUCAGCCUGGCCCAGUUGUCAGCCACUAUCCUGAGGAAUGAAGGCCUGGAUGCCUGGCCUCAGUUAAUGCACCUGCUCCAGCAUAGCACUCAAAGCUUCCACAUCCCUGAAAAGGAGAUGGGACUACUUCUCCUGAGUGUAGUGGUGACCUCACGGCCUGAGGCAUUCCAACCACACCAUCGAGAGCUGCUUAAUUUACUGGAUGAGACUUUGGGGGAGUCAACCUCUGCAUGGCUGCUCUACUAUUCUCUUCGUACUCUGACCACCCUGGCACCCUACCUGGGCCCCAAUGCCUUGCCUCAGGCUAGGAGUCUGGUGCCCAAGGUCCUUUUGGCUUUGCAAACAUUAAUCCAACUAGAUGAGACAAAGGCCUGUGAGGCACUGGAAGCCCUAGAUGAGUUGCUAGAAUCUGAAUUACCCAUCAUCACCCCUUACCUGUCUGAGGUUCUCACCUUCUGUCUGGAGGUGGCUAAGACCGUCACGUUGGGAGAUGCAGUACGAGUACGGGUUCUCUGCUGUGUCUCUUUCCUGGUAAAACUUAAGAGCAAGGCUCUACUGAAGAACCGACUCCUAGGUGCAAUAUUUCGCACUCUCUUCCCCAUCAUGACUGCUGAGCCCCCUCCAGGGCAUCUGGAUCCUGAAGACCAAGAUACUGAUGAGGAGGAGCUGGAAGGAGGGCUGGAGGUGGAAGCACCCAAGCAGUUUGCCGUGCAGGUAAUAGAUGUUCUGGCCCUCCAUCUGGCCCCAGAGAAACUGUUUCCACAGUUGAUGCCUUUACUGGAAGAGGCCCUUUAUGGAGAAAACCCAUAUCAACGAAAAGCAGGACUUUUGGUGCUGGCUGUGUUGUCUGAUGGUGCUGGUGAUUAUAUCAGACAGAGAAUGCUGACCCCACUAAUGCAGGUUGUGUGCAAAGGCUUGGCUGAUUCUUCCCAGGUGGUACGCAAUGCUGCGCUGUUUGCCAUGGGCCAGUUCUCUGAGAACCUACAGCCUAAUAUCAGUACCUACUCUGGUGACGUGAUGCCCCUGCUUCUGGCCUACCUCCGGUCUGUGCCACCUGGAAAUAUACGACACCUCGCCAAGGCCUGUUAUGCCCUGGAGAAUUUUGUGGAAAGCUUGGGACAAGAGGUGGAGACAUACCUCCAAGAGUUAAUGGAGAGAAUGCUGCAGCCCCUUAGAGAAGCUACCAACCCCCGAGCCAAGGAGUUGGCUGUGAGCGCGAUAGGGGCCAUCGCCAGUGCGGCCCAAAGCUCCCUGAUACCUUACUUCCCCACCAUCAUGGAACAUCUCCGGGAAUUCCUGGUGACUGGGCGUGAGGACCUUCGACCUGUGCAAAUCCAGAGUCUUGAAACUUUGGGAGUUUUGGCUCGAGCAGUAGAGGAACCCAUGAAGCCCCUGGCUGAGGAAUGUUGCCUCCUGGGACUGAGCCUCUGUAAACAGGUGGAUGACCCUGAUUUGCGUCGAUGCACGUAUAGUCUGUUUGCAGCACUGUCGAGGCUGAUGGGUGAGGGGAUGGCCCCCCAUCUACCAAAAAUCAUCACAUUCAUGAUGUCAUCACUGCGUUCAACUGAGGGCAUCGUGCCUGUCUGUGACACAAGCAACACCUUCCUUCUUUUUGAUGAGAGUGAGGACGAGGAUUGUGAAGGGGAGAUGAUGGAAGAAGAUAACGAGGAAGAGGAGGACUCUGAUAUCUCAGGGUAUAAUGUAGAGAAUGCUUUCUUUGAUGAGAAGGAAGACACCUGCCUUGCCCUGGGAGAAAUCUCUGUAAAUGUCAGCAUGGCCUUCUUCCCAUUCAUUGAACGUUUCUUUGAGGAAGUAUACAAACUGUCUGAGUGUCCCCAUAUAAAUGUCCGGAAGGCAGCUUAUGAAACCUUGGGCCAGUUUUGCUGUUCUCUACACAAGGUUUCCCAGACUGUUCCGUCAGAACAGAAUAGUUUUGCACUACAGACAGCCCUGGGCCAGGUGGUUCCAUCCUUCCUGCAGGCAGUGAAUGAGGACCGUGAGCGACUGGUGGUCAUGUCUGUGUUGGAGGCCCUGACCAGUUUGCUCCGGAACUGUGGGCCUUUUGUGCUCCAGCCUCCCCGUCGAUUGGCUGAACUCUGCAAUGUCGUCAAGGCUGUGCUGCAGAAGAAGAUAGCCUGUCAGGACCCUGAAGAAGAUGAGGAAGAUGAGAUGGAACAGGCGGAGUAUGACGCCAUGCUGCUGGAGCAUGCAGGGGAAGUCAUUCCAGCUUUGGCAAGUGCCGCAGGAGGAGAGACCUUCGCCCCCUUCUUUGUUGGUUUCUUACCUCUGUUGCUACGCAAGGCACAGAAGCCAGGUGGCUCGGUGGCAGAGAAGUCUUUUGCGGUGGGAACCCUGGCAGAGGUUGUGCAAGGCCUGGGGGCCUUCUCAGCCCAGUUUGUGUCCCGGCUGAUGCCGGUGCUGCUAAGUGCUGCCCGAGACUCAGAUGCUGAGGUGCGGAGCAAUGCGGUCUUUGGGCUAGGCGUGCUGAUGGAGCAUGGGGGCCGCCCUGCCCUCGAGCACUUCCAAAAGAUUCUGGGGUUCCUGUCAAAUCUCAUUGCCCGGGAACGCCAAAACCGUGUCCGUGACAACAUUUGUGGGGCCUUUGCACGCCUGCUGAUGGCCAACCCCAGAAAGCCUCAGAAACAGGUGCUGACCACGCUGUUCCGUGCAUUACCACUGACAGAGGACCUGGAAGAAUGGGUCACUAUGGGGAAAUUUUUUAACUUCCUGUAUCAGAGCUUCCCUGAGCAGGUGGCUGAUGUGGCUCCUGAGAUCCUUAAUAUAUGCACUCUUACCCUAAGUUCCAGCAAGGUCCCACAAGACACCAAGGCUGCAUUGCUGCUGCUCCUGACUCAUUUGGCCCAGCAGCACACGGACAGAUUCCAGGCAGCACUGGGCUCCCUGCCCCCUGGCAAGGCCCAGGAACUUCAGGCUAUGCUCAGCCCCACCUAAGGCCUGGAAAGUGGCCUCCCAGGGUUGGGAUCAGAGAAAGAAACCUGCCCUUCCCAGGGGGAGUUGCUUACUGCCUUGACUCCAUCUGGGUGCCUGCCAAAGAUUCUCAUUGCCAGGACAGUUCGUGGCCUUCUGGGAGCCAUCCCUGGGGCAAGUUCUGUUACUGUGUUGGACUUUAUGGACAAGGGGUUGACUUCUGAUUUGAAUAAAGUCCAUUUAUUUUGGA